AUGAGCAUACGUCUGCUAGGCAACGGAAACUUGCCUCCAGGAGCAAAAUUAUGGCUUCUGAAUCUUGGCUAUCUUGAUCUCGAAACGACCGAUCUAUAUGCAGGAUCUAACGUUGCCUUGCCAGGUUCUGGCCCUAUCAAACACGAGCGUCGAGAUGCUGUCAUGAUAAGCGCUCUCGUUUACCAUCCCGACGUCGGACUCAUUCUCUUCGACGUCGGUAGUAGCGAGGAUACCGUCAAGCAUUGGCACUCUAGCGUGUCCGAGUGCGUUCCGCGAAUCUGGGAGAAGGGCGUCCACGACCUACCUGCUGCUAUUAAGGCUACCGGCGCCGGGACUAUUGAGGAUGUCAAGGUUGUUGUUCUCAGCCAUCUGCAUUUUGAUCAUGCUGGCGGCCUCGAACAUUUCAUGGGAACAGACGUGGAGAUUUGGUGCCACGAGGAUGAGCUCAAGUACGCCUUCUGGGCUUGCGCGACAAGAAUCGACAACGCCUUCUACAUUUCUCAAUACCUCGUCCCCGAAAAGCUUAAAUGGAACACGUUUCAUCGCGAAACCUUCGAAAUAUGGCCAGGAAUUACCCUUCACCAUGUUCCUGGCCAUACGCCUGGUUCCAUUAUGAUGGAAGUGCGGAUGGAGAAGUCGGGUCCGAUCUUGUUAACAAGCGACCUAUUCCAUGUCAGAGAAAAUUAUGAGGAUGGCAUACCGCAGAGUGGAGCAAUGAUCAGAGAUUACACAAAAUGGUCCCGCAGUACUCAGCUCGUAAAGCACUUGGCGAACAAGACAAAAGCAAAGGUGAUCCUAGGACACGACCUCGGGUACUUUAACGCCAUGCCGAAAAGCCCCGCCUUUAUUGAGUGA